AUGUUGAGUGGCGUGUUUGGUCUGCUGGGAUCUGAUUAUGGAAAAUUUUCCAUCUGUAGGAAAAGUUGGCGUCAGAUUACCACUAAAGACAAGGUUUAUAACGAAUGUGUCAAGCAAAUUUUUCACUUCGAUGAAGACAGCGAAGAAACUAUCAAGAAAAAUAUUUCGAAAAGUAUGAGGAAGUCUUGGAAGGAAACAAGGCUGAGGUUGUAUGACCGUUUUUAUGAUCCAACAUUCAUGACUGAACAAAAUCUUGAGAAUUGCCCGCUGGGAAUUGAUCGAGAGCAUUGGAGAUUGUUCCUUGACUAUCGUGCUGAACCUGAGACGAAGGAGAAGUGCAGGAAAAACGCGGAGAAUCUAUCAAAACAACAAUAUACCCACACUGGCGGUUCGAAAAGCUUCACACGGCGGAUGGAAGAAGAGUCGGAAGAACAAGGAAGGAUAGUCAGUAGAGGAGAGUUAUGGAUCAAAGUGCACAAAAAAAGGAUGGCUCAUAUAUCAAUGAUAAAGCAAGAGCAAUUGGUAAUUGAGGAGAUUGAACAACAUGAUGAGUCUUCUAGAAUCUUGUCUCAAAAUGAUUCCAUUGCUCAAGUUUUCAGAAAAGAGAAACUGGGUAGAGUACAUGGUGUGGGUUUUGGACCGACUCGUCAACUCUUCGGUCCGAAUUUACAUGCGCCUGGCAACGGAGUCCAACUAGAGGAGACCCAGAGGAAGCUGCUUGAACUGCAGGCAGAGCUGGAGGGCGAGAAGUUGAAGAGGAAGGCGAUGGAGGAUGAGGCAGUAGCAGAGAAGAAAAAGAUGAAGGCGAUGGAGAGUGCUUUGAUUUAUCUUCUUCAACGGCAAGGUGAGGAGCUACCACCAGAAAUCGCUGCAGGGAUGAGUUUCGUGGAAUGA